UGUGUCGUAGGUCGGGUGUUUACGUACGAACCAAUAAAAUAAAAGUGUAGCAUAUAAUUUCUUGCUGUAUUUUGUGUCCAUUGCGAUUAUUUAUAUUUGAUCCUUCUAUGCUUUUGCUGUAGCAAGUGAUACAGACGGGAACAACAUGAGUGAAACCGAUUGGGAUACGAUACGAAAGCAAGCACGGCAUUUGGAGAAUGAUAUCGACAUGAAGUUAAUCGCCUUCAACAAAGUGGGUGUUGGGGCCGCUAGUGGAGGAUCCCUGCCUACGGCGAACAGCUCUGACACAUCGCCUUUGCUCGGCGAUCACGUCUUCGAGUCACUAUCGCUGGAAAUUGAACAGAUGCUGGACAAGUUAUCCAACAUCAAUGAAAAGAUGUCCGAGAUUCCAAACAGUGGUGCCGCGGUGAUGCAUGUCCUACAGAGGCAUCGCGAAAUUCUUCACGGAUACCGCCAAGAAUACCUUAAAAUCCAGGCCAAUCAUACAACACGAAUGGAGCGAGAGGAACUGUUGCGCGGGUCUGGCCUGGGCCCGUCGUCGGUGGGAUCACCUUCAACGUCCGGGCUGAGCCGCAGGGACAUGUAUCUGAAGGAAAAUACCCAUUUGCAAAGCUCUAGUUCCCUGGUGAACGACCAAAUAAGCAUUGCGAUGGAAACGAAAGAGCAUCUUACAUCACAACGACAGCAUUUGAAACGCUUCCAAACCCGUAUGCACGACAUUUCUAAUCGCUUUCCUCUUAUAUCUAGCCUAAUCCAGCGCAUCAACAUACGGAAACGUCGAGAAUCUUUAAUUAUCGGAGGAGUAAUUGCUUUCUGUACCAUUCUGUUGUUAUUGUACGCGUUUCAUUGAAAGGGCCAAACGACAGGUUACAAAUUAACAGUUCCAAGUAACUUUAAUGCUAACGAUAUCAAACGCGUCGCUGUUUAAUAUAGAUUUAUUUUAUCAAUACCGAAAAUGAACCUGGAGAGCAUGUUAGGUGAAUAAUAAUUGUGUCAAUGGGUUGUAAUAAUCUGUACAGACGGUAAAAGAGAAAAAAGUAAAUAAAUAAUGUGAUAUACUUCAUAACUAACAAUAAAGUAAUUUUCUGACCACA